UAACAUCUUGUUGAAAAUGGUUUCUGUUUUCAUUGGACAACCUAAAGAAUCUCUCAUUGAUUCUAAGAUUUGAAGAUGUUCCGGUUUGCGACAGACGGCCUUUUGCUGGUUUUACUGCUCUCCGUUGCCGGAUCGAUCACCGUGGAUGAGAAUGGAUACAUUAUUUAUUGUCCGUGCAUGGGUCGUUUCGGUAACCAGGCUGACCACUUUCUCGGUUCACUCGGCUUUGCCAAGGGUUUGAACCGCACACUCGUCCUUCCGCCCUGGGUCGAGUACCGUAAAACUGAGCCACGAUCGGUGCAAGUUCCGUUCGAUACCUACUUCCAAGUGGGACCAUUACAGGCGUACCACCGCGUGAUAACAAUGGAGGAUUUUAUGGCUCACCUCGCGCCUUCUUUGUGGCCCCCGGCGGAGCGCAUCGCGUUCUGCUACACCGAACGUAUGGGUCUCGAUGGAAGUAAGGGGCACGGAUGCAAUGCGAAAAGUGGUAACCCGUUUGGCUCGUUCUGGGACACGUUCGAGGUCGAUUUCGCCGGAUCGGAGUUCUACGGUCCGAAGCUCAACUACGACGUCCAUCAUGGUGAUAGGAUGGCGGAACGGUGGAACGAGCGCUAUCCCGGCGAAAAGUGGCCCGUUUUGGCGUUCACGGGAGCUCCGGCCACCUUUCCGGUGCAGCAGGAAAACGUGGCACUUCACCGCUACCUCCGUUGGUCGGAGCGCUUCGAAAGCGAGGCGAAACACUUUAUCCGCGACUCCCUUCCGAAGGGUGCGUUCAUCGGCAUCCAUCUGCGGAAUGGCAUCGAUUGGGUGAGGGCUUGUGAGCACGUGCGGGAAAGCUCCAACUUGUUUUCAUCGCCACAGUGUUUGGGUUACCGGAACGAGCACGGUCAGCUGACGGGCGAAAUGUGCAUGCCAUCGAAGGACACUAUCGUGCGACAGCUAAAGCGACGCAUCAAGCAGCAGCGUGAGUCAGCACCGGACAAUCCGAUCCGGUCCGUAUUUGUGGCCUCCGACAGCAAUCACAUGCUGGUGGAACUGAACGAAGCGUUGCGGCGCGCCGAUGUCAUGGUUGUCCGGCAGCCGGACUCCAAUCCUCACCUGGAUCUGGCCAUUUUGGGUCGAGCGAAUUACUUCAUUGGUAACUGCGUCUCGUCCUACUCAGCGUUUGUGAAGCGUGAGCGUGAUUCCAACGGAUUUCCGUCGUCGUUCUGGUCCUUCCCAAACGAAAAACUCACCUCCAAAAGCAACAAACAAUCAGCGACCGCCGUCGAACAUGAGGAAUUGUGAGCCACGAAGAACUACUGGACGUUUGGAAUUGGUGGUUAAUCUUAAGGUCUAACAAAGGUCAACGGGGUUCAGUCAUCGUUCUGGGAUUUCCCAAACGAUAGACAUCCGAAAGCAACAAACAAUCAGCGACCGACGCCGAACACGAGGAAUUGCGCGGAAUUGCGCCAUCAAAAGCUUCUGGACUUUUGGAAUUGAUGGUCUUAAGGUCUAUCUAAGG